AUGACACCUACGCCUACAUUGACCCCCCAAAAGGCCAACCUCAAGGGAGAAAUCGUUGUCAUAACUGGUGCAUCCAAAGGCCUGGGAAAAGCAACAGUAAUAAGCUAUGCACAAGCCGGCGCUUCCAACAUGAUACUCGCCGCGCAUUCAUCCCUCGACCCCGUCGUCAGCGCAGUCGUAGAAGCAGCCAGCCACCCCCCCACCACGCAUCGCAACACUGAACCUCGACAUCACAAGCGCCGAAAGCGUCAACGCCACGGCCAAGCAAGUGUCCCAGGACUUUGA